CCUUGUAGGAAAACAAAUGAACUCUACCCAGCAACGCAUGCCACAGAACAGAUUGAGAGGGCUAAUCAUUUAUUUGCUCCUGGCUAUGGCUUUACUGUACAUUGCAUACUCCAAUCUCAUGUUCAGCAAAACUGAGCGCAAAGGUCCCGCUCUAACCAUUAUCUCCAACAAAAUUAUAGCACCACCCUUUAACCAUUCCUCCAACACCUCUUCGCCAGUAGAGCAAAGGCAAGUGAGCCCUGUUGUUGAACCACCACCACCCCCGAUGCGAUACCAACGAUCCGAUACUCAGCUGAAACACAUUGCUUUCGGGUUAGCAUCUUCGUCCCAUUUGUGGGAGACCAGGAAAGAGUACAUAAAAGCAUGGUGGAGGCCAAAUCAGACUAGAGGGGCGGUUUGGUUGGAUAAGAAAGUGGUGACGAAGAAAGGCGAAGCUCUGCCGGAGAUUCGGGUUUCCGCGAAUACGUCUCAUUUUAAGUACUCAAACAGGGUGGGGUCUAGAUCAGCAUUGAGGAUAACGAGAGUGGUCUCGGAGACAUUGAAGCUUAAAAUGAAGGAUGUUAGGUGGUUCGUUAUGGGGGAUGAUGACACAGCUUUUAUUGUUGAUAAUUUGGUCAGGGUGCUGUCUAAAUAUGAUCAUACAAAGUUUUAUUACAUUGGGAGUGCAUCAGAGAGUCAUAUUCAGAAUAUAUUGUUUUCAUAUUCAAUGGCUUUUGGAGGGGGUGGAUUUGCAAUAAGCUAUCCGUUGGCGAAAGAGUUGUCAAAGAUGCAGAACAAAUGCAUACAACGGUAUCCGUCAUUAUACGGUAGCGAUGACAGGAUACAGGCUUGCAUGGCUGAGCUUGGGGUGCCCCUCACCAGGGAGCUUGGCUUCCAUCAGUAUGAUGUGUAUGGAAACGUAUUAGGCCUCUUGGGAGCCCAUCCAGUGACUCCUUUGGUAUCACUUCACCACCUAGAUGUAUUGUAUCCUAUAUUCCCGGGUAUGAGACGAGCACGAGCUAUUUCGCACCUGCUUGAAGCCGCUAAAUUGGAUUCGGCGAGUCUGAUGCAACAAUCCAUCUGCUACGACUCAAUUCGAUACUGGUCCAUCUCGGUCUCGUGGGGCUAUGUGGUUCAAAUCUUGAGGGGAGUGAUGUCUCCAAGAGAGCUUGAGAUGCCGAGUAGAACAUUUUAUAGUUGGCACAAGCGAAAUGAUUACACUGCUUUUGCAUUUAACACUAGGCCUGUUGUAAAGCACCCUUGCCAGAAACCCUUUCUUUUCUACAUGUACAAAGUUAGGACUGAUCAUGAAAAGAACCAAACUAUUGGAAUUUACUAUCAUCAUCGAACAUUCAACCAUCAUUGCAGUUGGGAAAUGGACUCGCCAAAGAAACUCAAUUUUGUGGUGGUAGUAAAGAAGACAGAUGACGAUCGAUGGCUCAAGUCGCCAAGGAGGGAUUGUUGCAGAGUUCUUCCAAAGAUUAUAAACAGUACAUUGAUUUUAACUGUGGGAAAUUGCAGAGACGGUGAAAUUAGUGAGUUGCAGACCAAGAAAAUGUUAUGAUACCGAUAGGUUAUUUUUUUAACCAUGGCCAAAGUAGGCAUAC